AUGCCUCCUUCCCCUCAGCCCUCUUUGUCAUUGACGCCACCUCGCGAUACGCCUGUACACCCAAGAAGCAACACUCUAACAUCAACUCAUUACAGAGACAUCUGUGUACGUACCUCGUCUCGCAGAUCCAAUGGCAAGGACAAUACCGGCGAUGCAGCAGACACACUCACAUCACAACCCAGCGAAGAAUCCAAUUUGGAAAGAGGAAACAAGAAAUUCGCCUUCUCGCCAGACCAGCUGAAUAAACUCCUAAUCACGAAGAGCUUCGACGCCUUUGGAGCCUUGGGGGGACUGCGCGGGCUGGAGAAAGGUCUACGAACUGACUUGAGAAGUGGCUUGAGCACGGAGGAGGUUGUGGUAGAUAGCACGGCCGGCUUUGACGAGGUGGUUUCACCGACUCUCACAUCACCACCUAAGUCAGCUUUAUUGGCGCCGUCGCGUGAUCACACCGUAGCUUCGGCAACAAAGCGGACACAGGAACAAUAUACAGAUCGGCAACGGGUUUUUGGAAUCAACAAACUUCCGGAGAAGAGGCUCAAAUCGAUCUGGGAGCUCGUCUUUAUUGCUUACAACGACAAGGUGUUAAUUUUACUAUCGAUUGCCGCUUUUAUCUCCCUCGCCGUGGGUAUUCCCCAGUCUGUGCGAGGAAUAGGUGUAGAAUGGGUGGAGGGAGCCGCAAUCAUUGCUGCAAUCUUUGUUGUCGUGAUUGUCGGCGCGGCGAAUGAUUGGCAGAAAGAACGGCAAUUCGCAACACUUAAUAGGAAGAAAAAAGACCGAUAUGUCAGAGUCAUCAGAUUAGGCAAGACAGUGGAGGUAUCUGUCUAUGAUAUUUUGGUCGGGGAUGUGAUGCUCCUGGAACCCGGUGAUAUAAUCCCGGCCGAUGGGAUCUUGAUUGACGGUCAUGGCAUCAAAUGCGAUGAGUCUUCAGUAACAGGAGAGUCAGAGCAUCUUCGAAAAACGCCGGGUGACAAAGUGGACGACGCGAUUGAACAAAAUAAAGACCUGGAGAAGAUGGAUCCCUUCAUUCUGUCGGGGUCUAAGAUUGAAGAGGGCACGGGUACUUUCCUAGUCACUGCUACCGGGGUUCAUACAACGUAUGGCCGAACAAUGAUGUCCCUCCAGGAUGAGUGUGAGAUCACCCCGUUGCAAGUAAAGCUGAACCUUUUGGCAGAUUACAUUGCCAAACUAGGCCUGACAUCAGGCCUGAUACUGUUCGUGGUGCUAUUCAUCAAAUUUUUGAUCCGCCUUAAGGAGUUUCAGGGCGGUGCAGAGGCGAAAGGUCAGGCAUUUUUGCAGAUUUUAAUCGUGGCCGUCACCAUUGUCGUUGUAGCAGUACCCGAGGGGCUACCAUUGGCUGUUACCCUUGCUCUCGCAUUUGCAACAACCAGAAUGAUCAAUGAUAACAACCUCGUACGAUUACUCCAAGCGUGUGAGACUAUGGGAAAUGCCACGACUAUUUGCUCCGACAAAACCGGCACGCUUACCGAGGAUAGGAUGAGCGUCGUGGCUGCGACCAUAGGCACUACAGCACGAUUCGGAGAUCAACUAUCUUCAGACCAUGCGGCUAUUGCACUAGACCCAUUGACUCUUUCAGCCUCAAAGUUUGUAUCCAAGCUUUCAUCAUCGAUCAAAAUUCACCUGCGCCAAUCAAUUGCACUCAACUCGACUGCUUUCGAAAGCGACCGUGAUGGGAAGACAAUUUUUGUUGGAUCUAAGACAGAGACUGCGUUGCUCUCAUUCGCGCGAGAGCAGCUCGGACUUGGUCCAGUGAGCGAGGAGAGAGCUAAUGCGAAUAUUGUGCACAUUUUCCCGUUCGACUCGGGCCGCAAAUACAUGGCGGUGGUCGUUCGCAUGAAAAAUGAAAAGUAUCGGAUACUCAUUAAAGGUGCCGCAGAGAUAUUACUCCGCCAGUCAGCGCGAAUUGUGCAGGAAACACCCAAUAGUUUUAGGGAAGGACUGCUCUCCGAAGAGAAAAGGAAUUACCUGCAUGCUGUUAUCACUGAAUACGGGUCCCGCUCUCUGAGAUGUAUCGCUCUUGUGCACCGGGACUUCCAAGAAUGGCCGCCUCAUGGCGCACUGACUGAUGAAAACGCAAAUGCAGGCUUUGAACAGAUCUUCAAGGACAUGACGAUGCUAGGCAUCUUCGGCAUCCAUGACCCUGUUCGCGAAGGAGUUUCUGAUGCGGUCCGCCAGUGUCAGCAUGCUGGGGUUUUUGUUCGGAUGGUGACUGGCGACAACAUAAUCACGGCCAAAGCCAUCGCCCAGCAAUGUGGCAUCUAUACUCCUGGUGGUAUCGCCAUAGAAGGUCAUGAAUUCCGCCAGUUGAGCCAUAAUCGAAUGAACGAGCUUAUCCCCCGAUUGCAGGUCAUUGCGCGGUCAAGUCCAGACGAUAAGAAGGCGCUGGUCAGUCAGCUCAAAGUACUUGGCGAGACUGUCGCAGUGACAGGGGAUGGAACGAACGAUGCGCAAGCACUUAAGACUGCCGAUGUUGGCUUCGCAAUGGGCGUCACUGGUACUGAAGUUGCCAAAGAGGCAUCAGAUAUCAUCCUAAUGGACGACAAUUUUACAUCAAUCGUGAAGGCAAUAGCAUGGGGACGCACAGUCAACGAUGCCGUCAAAAAGUUCCUCCAAUUUCAGUUAACCGUCAACAUCACUGCUGUGGCCCUUACUUUCGUAUCGGCUGUCGCUAGUAGAGAUGAAAAUUCGGUCCUUAGCGCAGUGCAGCUGUUGUGGGUCAACCUCAUCAUGGACACUUUCGCCGCUCUUGCACUAGCGACGGAUCCGCCUUCGCCUUACGUUCUCGAGCGUAAGCCCGAGCCCAAAUCGGCGCCUUUAAUCACUCUGACAAUGUGGAAGAUGAUCACUGGCCAGGCUAUCUAUCAACUGGCUGUGACACUUACCUUGAACUUUGUUGGUCAUUCAAUCUUCUCAAUGUGGGAUAGCAGGUGUAUGCAGACUGUGGUAUUCAACACAUUUGUCUUCAUGCAGAUAUUCAACCAGUACAAGCAAACGUGCAGCUGCCGCCGAGUUGACAACCAUUUAAAUUUCAUGGAGGGCGUAUUAAAUAACAGGUGGUUUAUCGUUAUUCAGAUUCUCAUCAUCAGUGGCCAGGUCAUGAUCAUCUUUCUCGGUGGAAGAGUUUUCUCCGUGCAGUGUCUUGACCAGCCUUCGCAGUGGUUAGUAAGUGUUUUGCUUGGGGCUAUGGCAUUACCUCUAGGCUUCUUAAUUCGACUUAUCCCGGACCAAGUCAUCUCCAAGGUGGUUCGGUAUUUGUGGCACCGCAAAAGGGACCCUGAGCUGCAUGCCUCAAGACAAAUCAAUGACUACGGAUGGGUCAUAGCAUCGGAAGGAAUCCGCGACCAUCUGGCGUUCAUGAAGAAGGUCCGCGGAGGGCGACUGAGGCAUAUAAUAAACAAGCACUCCCAGGUUUUCUUCCCAUCGCGGGGCUCAAGUCGCCAAUCUUCUUCUUCCUUGGCCCCUGCGGAUGGAGACCUAGCACCUGCGUCUGAGCGGACGCCUUUGAUUACAGACAGGGGAAUGAGUCAGAGCUGGUCGCAGGUAUAA